GUCGGUUCUCUGAGGUACUUCAGUGCCUUGCCUCUCAUUUCUCAUUGAAUUCGAUGCGAAGUCACACUCACUCCACGGCAACGGAACCUAUUUGCGACCGUAUCAUUCCCUACAACAACCAGACGGCAGUCAUUCCGGGUUACGAAGGGAUACCACAAAAUGUGCUUAUUAAUAUGGUCUCUUGGGCGUUUCUCUUGCUUUUAUUUGCUAUCUUUCGAAAAUUUGCCUGGGAUUAUGGUCGAAUGGCGCUGACGAAACCAAAAAGAAGCAAAUGGGCACAGUUGUUCUACUCCGAAGUCCGAAGGUCCCAUAGUGACACUGAGUCGCACGAUAGCACAGAGGUAGCUUUCGCUAGUCGCGACCGCGGUUUUUUGUCUUGGAUCAAGACUUGUUUCACUCUCACAAACUCUGAUUUAGAGAGGAAGGCAGGGAUUGAUGCGGUUCACUAUCUCCGCUUUCAAUUUUACCUGAUCGUCUACUCGGCGAUCACGAUGUUCUUUUGUCUCGUGGUUAUUUUACCACUGAACAUGAAGGGAACCUUGAAAUCUUCCGACUUGCAAGCUUUUGGUGUAACCACCAUAUCCAACCUUUCGGGGGAUUCACCCAUGCUGUGGGCGCACGUGAUCCUCGGAUUUGCUUUCUUUUUGCUAGCAUUCGCGUUGUUGCAACACUUCUCUGGACGAUUGCUUCGUGAGGCUUCGCGUGUGAACAUAAUCUCUCAGCGAACAUUAAUGAUAUCUGGUAUCUCUCGAUCCCAUUGUCAACGUGAUUUGAUCCUACGGCACUUCAGAGAGGCCUUUCCGGACUGCGAAAUAGAUGAUAUUCAAGUCUGCUUUGACAUACGUCGCUUGGUGAACCUGGAAAGUCGUUGGUGA